GUCUGUAUCUUACGUCCUUGCACGAAGACACGCACUGCUGCAGCAUGGGUCCUGUUUUGGAGAUCGAUAGCUGUGACCUGAACCUGACCAGUAACAAAGUGAACCACCACACGGAGCAUUUCCCAGAGGAGCACUUGAUUGUACGGAGGGGACAGCCCUUCUCUGUGACCCUGUGUCUGAAGUCGGGUGGAGCCAAGUUUAAACCUGGAAAGAGCAUCUUCACCAUCACUGUCCAGACUGGUCCAUUGCCCAGGAAGGAGUCAGACACAGAGGUGAGCUUUGUCCUGUCUGAUACCUCUGUCGAUGGGUCAGGAGACAGUGCGUGGGCUGCCUCUGCUGUCCCCGGUCCCUCUGAAGGAAACACCGUCAUCCUGACCGUGCGCCCCUCUGCAGACGCUCCCAUCGGGGUCUACUCUCUCAGGGUGGACCAGGAUGGAGCCAAGACCAGCCUGGGUGACUUCACCCUGCUCUUCAACCCAUGGUGCCCACGAGAUGCAGUGUACAUGAACAAUAAGGACAAGAGGAGUGAGUACGUCCUGUCCCAGCACGGCCUCAUCUACAGGGGGACGCCAAAGCACAUCAUGGAUCUGCCCUGGAACUACGGACAGUUUGAAGAGGGAAUCCUGGACAUCUGCCUGAAGAUCUUGGACGACAACCCGAAGUUUGUGUCUGAUGCGGACCAGGACUGUUCUGCGCGGAGGAGUCCAGUCUACGUGACCAGGGUCCUGAGCGCUAUGAUCAACAGCCAGGACGACCGCGGGGUGCUGGUGGGUAACUGGGGGAAGAUCACAGACGGGGUGCACCCAGGGGAGUGGGUGGGCUCCGGGGACAUCCUGAGGAAGUGGGACCAGUCUGGACCAGUGCGCUAUGGGCAGUGCUGGGUGUUUGCUGCAGUGGCGUGUACAGUGUCCAGAGCUCUGGGGAUACCUUGUAGAGUGGUCACCAACUUUGGCUCUGCCCACGACACGGAUGCCAACCUCCUGAUUGAGAAGCUGUACAGCGAGGACCUGGAGAACCUGUCUGAUGACUCCAUCUGGAACUUUCAUGUUUGGGUGGACAGCUGGAUGAGCAGACCUGACCUGGGACAUGAGUACAACGGGUGGCAGGCCAGUGACCCAACCCCACAGGAGACUAGCGAGGGGAUCUUCUGCUGCGGCCCUGCCUCUGUGAAGGCCAUCAAACAAGGAGAGCUCACCAUGAAAUAUGACGCACCCUUUAUAUUCGCCGAGGUGAACGCAGACGUGGUGGAGAUGAUCAGGCUGCCCAACGGAAAAGUGAAGGAGAUCAGCAGCUCCACCAGAUCUGUGGGUCAGUGUAUUAGCACCAAGUGUGUGGGCUCCAAUCAGAGGAACGACAUCACGCACAAGUACAAGUAUGCAGAAGGAUCUGAGGAGGAGAGACGUGUCUUUGAGAAAGCUCAGCAUCGAAACAAGCUGCAGAAGAAAGGCCUGGAGCCAGGACUGCACCUCAAGAUUAAGCUGGUGGAGGGGAUGGUGGUGGGCUCAGACUUUGAGAUCUUUGCUCUGCUCACUAACAACUGCAUGGACUUGAGGAGCUGCAGCCUCAUGUUGUUCGCUCAGAGUGUGUCCUACAACGGCAAACAGGGGGGCAGCUGUGGCUUCAGCUCUCAGAACCUGGACAUCAAACCCGGAGAAGUUCUGCGAGUGCCACUGAAACUGGAGUACCAGAGCUACGGUCCAGCACUGACCCCAGACAGACUCAUCCAGGUGUCGGCCCUCUCUGUGGACAAGCAGAAUAUGGACUUCUGUAAGGCCCAGAAGAACAUCGUGCUGGACGAGCCCGACAUAAACAUACAGGUUAAGGGAGUGAUGCAUGUGAACUCUUCAGCCUGUGUGGACCUGACCCUGUCCAACCCUUUACCAGAGCCACUGCACAAGUGCAGCUUCACUGCAGAAGGGGCGGGGCUAACUGGGACUCAGCCAAUAACGGUCGAAGUUGGAGAGGUUGGUGCCAAAGAAGAGGCUAAAGCUCGGGUGGAGUUCACUCCGAGUGCAGCUGGCUCCAUGGUUCUCGUGGUGAACUUUGACAGUAAGGAACUCAGGAACAUCAAGAGCUUCAUCAAUGUGAAUGUGAAGAAGGAGCAGAUCACUGCAAACAUCUGAGAAACACUUUGUAUAUACUAGUGCGGACUUAAAGUACACAUGGCAGGUUUUCCUCUUCUAAUUAAAAAAAAAAAAAAUUUAUUAUGACUUGCUUUGGUGAGAUAGUACACAGCAAAAAUUGGAGCAUUAAAUUGACUCUCACUGAAUAUUUUAACACUGGGUUCACUCUGUUUCAAAGUUAAUUUAACAUUUUUUGAAAUGUUAAUUACCCUGUGCCUGUUUAACUUUCAAAUGAAGAGUUAUAGAAACACUUUGAGAGUAAACAGAUAUCACUUUGUAGGGUUAUCCAGAUUUAGCUAAACAACACACAGGUGUUUUAUUUUUACUCUUAAUUUAGUUCAUUUAACAUUUUGAGGAGAGUAAAUACACACUGUAAAGUGCAGAUUAAUAAGACACAUUGUGAAAAAUCCAUUCAGCACAUUUAAAACUUUGUGUCUGAUCCACUUGCAACAUUAUAGAAGUGCUUCUGAAUAAAAAAGGAACCAUAGUACUUAAUAUUAAAUGUUAACACAUUUUACAUUUCUUUAAAAGCUAAAUAAUUAUUGCUUAGCCUUUCUUCAAAUAUAGAUCUUCAAGAGUAGGAAAUGCCAUCACAAUCCCAGGGGCAUACUGCUCCAGGAGGCCUUAGGGGGGAAGUACUACUAGAAACAUUAAGAAUCAUGUAUAAAUUUGAACAAAUAUAUAAACCUUCCCCUGGUGUUCAAUCAUGUGAGACAUCAGUGCAUUAACCACUGUCCUUCUUGUAGUAUGAGUCUGUUGUUUAUCCUUUAGGACUUCAUCACCAGCUUUUUCUUUCACAGCUGCCUCUAUUAACUGUUAAAAAGAGAAACGUGUUAUUUUACCUGGAGGCGACAAAAAGAGCAAAUUAGACACAAACAGCUGAACUUGUCUCCAGAGGCUGCCUCUGUUGUGUGUAACUUUUCAGACCAGCAUCAUUAUUUUACCCAGACCUACAAAAAUAAAAAUAAAAACUGAAAAAAAAAUUAUGCCAGACUUUUUGUAAAAUGAUUUUUUUAAAUAUAAUAAUGUGAACUGUGUUUCAGUGAAAUGAGGAGUUGAACCUGCUAUAUGCACUUUAAAGGAAACAUUUUAAAGGUGCACUUAGGAACUUCUGUUGAGCGGUCUGCCACCUGCUUGUCUCCUUGGAGAUGUCAUGGCUUUGCCUGGAAUGUUGCACAGUACAGCAUUAUGUUUGUAUAUCUCUAUGGAGAUAAGCAGUGGACACCAUCAGGCCAAGGUACAGGUACUGUAUACACAAUUAUAUAUUUGAACAUAUGGAGCCAUUUAUAGUUCCACAAGGAGUAACACUGAUGAUGUACUUUGGAGAUUUAUUUUGUAUUUGUGAGAGGAAAUUAACAAUCUUACUGUAUGCACAGAUUGAUGAAACAAGUGGUUAGAAUAAAAUGUGCUUUCUAAAUAUUAAGCAUAUUUUUGAUGUGUGUCCUAAAGGCACUGCACCUGAUGAUUGUUUCUUAUCUGGGCAAAAUGUGUCUUGUAUAGAUUAUUGCAUAAGCAGUUCUUCAGGUAAAAAAAAGUCCACUCUGUGCUGUUUGUAUGUAAAUGUAAAGCACUUUAUUGUCUGAUAAUCAGGAAGUGUGCUGUUAGCAUGCUAAUUGUUGCUAGCUUUACUGUGGUGUCAAAACUCUGGUCACACUGAGAGUUAUGGAAAGUGCUUAUAAACUCAAUGUGGUGAAUAAUUAGGAUGCUCUGAAUGCAUAAGGCUUUUUUUUUUUUUUUUUUUUUUGAAAUUGUAAAAUCAGGUACAGUGCCUUUAAUAUAAAGUGGUGCCAUCUUUUCUUUGGACUGGCCCUCGAGUCGUGAACUUUGUGUAGCUGGAUCCUCCUCUGUGCGUAGUUUUACAGGGGAAAGAAAGGGCAUUUUUAUAUGUUAAAUGUGAUUUCUGCAGUUGUUUUACUUUGAUGGUCAGAUGCAUUCUCUGUGCAGAGUGUUGUUACUUAGCACCAUACAUGGGACAAUAAUGACAUUUUGUGUUAUGAUUAUCAUGCGCAAAAUAAUUACAGUUAAAAUAAUAUCAUUAUUAUUAAAACUGCUGAUAUUUUAAAAAUGUUGGAAAUAAUCUCAAAUGACUCUACUUGUCGAAUCAUUUCAAUUAUCACAAUUUACUCAAAACAAAAUGUACCACAAAAGAUUGUCUUCCUUUUUUUUUGCACUUUAUGGUGUUGUUAAAUGAAUUAUCCUGUGGUUCAUGGCUCUGUCUUCAUCUGCCCUGCACAGGUUUGGCCCAAUUUCA